UGUGUGCGAGUCGACUCCUGGUUGCUUCAGGAGACAGUGUUCUCGAGCCUUGGUGCAGUAUGGUUGUGGUGUAUAUCGUCAACGACUUUUGACUGGAUUUACUAACAUCCGCAAUCACCGAGUCAUCGAUAUACUUUGUGAAUAAGUUGCCAACACUUGGCCGAUGCCCCACGUAAUUUUUGAUUCCAAGUUCAUUUGACGUGUUCCAGUGAAGUGCUCUAACCAGUCGGUUUUUACAUUUUAGUUAUUUUAUCUAUAAACUUUGGAUAGAUUUUCCAUGGACAAUGGAUUGACGUGAUGAGCGUUAUGGAGUCGCAAGGCAAGUAAUUUGAAGAAGCUCGUUGCUGAUACGAAAGGUAGUAGCAAAGGAGGUCCAAGGAUAUAAAUAAAAUGCCUAAAGUGUCGGAUCCACUGUGUCCGUUGGGAUUCCACCCACAAGUUCGAUGGCCUACCCGUUGCAAGCGGUGCUUUCGUGAAUACAAGGAGCACUCGAAUGCCACAAAUCGCAAGGAUAACGGAGAUUCCUCUACCAGUGCGCUGCGUCGAGAAGACCGGUCUAGCUCGGUAGACAGCCUAGAUGAAUCAAAGUUUGAAAAUAUCCCAACACCUGUUGUCCCUGUUCGCACCAGGGAAUCGGUGGCUUUAAGUAGGAGGAAUACAACGGAAAUACCCAUGCUAAAAGAAAAUCCACAAGAAGCAGGCCUUAAAGAAACAGAAAAAUCCAAGGACUAUGGUAGUAUUUAUUCCUCCAUUUCUGCAUCAGCGUUCUCGAGAUUGAAUAAGCACAAAUCCUCGGCAACUGCCCAAGAUCCUUCGGGAACUGGCGCAAUAGCCAAAAGUGGUGGCGACUACGAGAUACCUCGACGGGGAAGCUCGGGCGAUGAAAGCGAAAGACUUCGAAAGAAGCGCGUUCAAAUUCAUUCGCUUAAAGAAGUGCCAGCUGACAGCAACUAUAACAGCCCAGAUGUCCAGUUUAUCUUAGAAGUUAAACGUUCCAAUAUUAAGUCUCGAGGAUCAGACGAUGAUGCCAACAGCUUUGCAGGGACUGACAUCACAGAAAACACGGAGACAACCGAAACCACUCUGGUUGAAGCGAAUUUCGACGAAUUGCAGGAUCAAGUAAACAACAUGAAAAAAGAGCUCGACAAAUACAGGGUGCGAUGCGAGCGUCUGGAACGAGAAAAGGACGAACUGUCAAACAAGAAAUUCCGGAGUAUCGGUAUGAACGGCGGCACUGGAUCUGAGAGCAUGAGGCUACAGCAAAGGAUUCGAGAGCUGGAGACAACUAACGAAGAUCUGUUAGACGACAAGCAAUCCGCAGAGCUCCGUGUCGCUGAACUGGAACGAGAACUGGAAUCGCGCCCUUCGUCCGCACAGACACACAAGGCCAUGGAAGAAAUACGUGCCAAAUCAGCAGCAGCCGAGGCUCUCAUCGAGGAACUGAUGGAGGAAAACGAAGAACUCAAAAAAGAUAUGAGACUAAUGGUCGACGAAAUGGACGAGUUGCAAGAUAAUUUCAGAGAGGACCAGGCAGACGAAUAUCGUGACUUGAAAAAAGAUUUGGAACAGACAGCGAAGAACUGUCGGAUCCUGCAGUUCAAAUUGAGGAAGGCCGAACGUCGAAUGGAACAACUGGAAACCGACAAACACGAACUAGAAAUUCAGAACCAAGAAUUCCAGAAUAACAGCGCUCCUUCGACUGCGGCUCCCACCCCGGGUAAAGGACCAGAUCGAAUUUCACAGCUGGAACAGGAACUCAACCAAACUCGUGAACAACUGGCUCAGUCUCAAAGAGAAGUGCAAAAGCUCCAAUCCCAAAUUCGUACUGGAAGUAAAGACGUAUUGGCAUCAGGACCAGUUCUCAGCAAAAGUCGAAGCUUGGAGGGGGCAGGUGGUGCCGCAACGAAAUCAACAGAGAAUGAGUCCCAGCUGCAAAGAGAUCUUCAAGAUUCGCUUGAAAGAGAAGCGGAUCUUCGCGAACAACUCAAAUUUGCUGAAGAAGAGGCCCAGUCUUUGCGAAAGAAACUAAGUCGUAUCGAAGAAGAGAAUGAAUCUUUGGUCAUGCAAUUGAAAAAAAUGGCGAUGAAGAAAGGUCAAAGAACAACUCCCAACACUUCAGUUGAUAAGGACGAAGGGAUUUCUGGUGAUAUCGACGAUCUUAGUCUUUCCGAACUCCGACUGCAAUUAGAACUCAACGAGCAGGAAACGGCUGUUUUAAGACGCAAAAUGGAAGAUAUGGAGGGUGAAAAUGAUCGUCUGAGUAAGGAAGUUUUAGAACUCCAAGAACUAGUCAAAUCUAAACCGACGAUCGAAAAAACACCUGAAGCCCGUUCCAAGGUUACCAAACCCUCUUCUGAAGAAAUCAAUAAACUUAAAACCGAGUUGAUGGAGAAGAACAAAGAAAUCGAGCAUUUAAAUGAAGCGUUAACUCAAGCCGAGAAAAACAAAGGUAAAAUUGUGGUGCAGAGGAGUCGUUCUCUGGAGUCGAGCGAAUCCGCAUUAGAUUUGAAGAGACAACUGCAGCUCGUCGAACAAGAGGCAGGUAUUUUACGUUCCAAAACGGUCGAUUUGGAAACGGAAAAUGAAAAGAUGACGGCCGAGAACCGUAGAUUGCAUUUGCGGGUAUCGAGAAAACCUCCACCAUCGGAUGCCGAGAAAUUACUUCUAGAUAAACUGGAGUUGGAAGAACGUAUUAAAAAUAUGGAGAAGAAAUUAACAGAAGCAUCGGGUCACAAACAACAUACCGACCUAGAAAAAUCUCCUCGAUUGGCCCGCGCUAGUGAUCGUGGGGCCCGUCUAUCAACCGGCUCCAUAAACCCAGAGUCGAGCGUUCUUAAACGAGAGAAAGAAAUUUUAGAACGCGAUCUGAAAAGCAAAGAAGAACAAAUAAACUCCCUUACUCUUCGACUGCAACACAUGGAAAAGGAGAAUGAGAAUCUCCAUCAUCGAAUGGAUACAAGGGUAGGAGCAGUCAAACGCGUGCCCAAAAAACCAACCGAAACCAUGACCAAAAUUCAGCUAAAAAAAAUGGUUGAAGACUUGGAAACCGAAUUCACUGACUUCAUAUCGAGAAGUACUGCCCAGCCAUUACCUUCUGAUACCAAAAAAAUUGCAGAAUUAACCAAAAAUUUGAAAGACGAACGUGAGCAAAGAGAGAAUAUGGUGAACGAGAAGAAGAAAUUGGACGAAAAAAUUGUCAAAUUAGAAGCGGAUAUCAAAAAAGGAAAUAGCAACAGCUCAGCUAUCCAAGUUUUACAAGAGAAAUGUGACAAACUGGAAAAAGAAAAAACAGAAUUGGCCGCCAAAAUGCAGGCCGGAGAUUUUGUUGAUCUUGACACACUUCAUCAGGUCAAGCAAGAAAAACAUAAAUUACAGAAAGAGCUAACAGAAAGAGACAACCGCCUCUCCGAUUUGGAAAAGAAAAUCAGGGAAUCGGAAGAUAAGAAUAGAAAAAUGGAAAGAACUUUGAAGGACAAUAAUGAAAGAAUCACCGAUGUCGAACGAGAGAUGGAAGAGGAGCGGUCGAAAUUACGACAAGCCGAGUCUUCGCAGAAAGAACUCUCGCUCAAUUGGCUGAAAGAACGCGAUGAAUUGAAGAAACAGUCGACCGAUAUGCGAUCUAAGAUGGACGAAUUGGAAUCUGCUAUCGUCGUCAAAGAAAAGAAGAUCAAAGAUCUGGAAACGAGCGUUAAAGACGAAGUGAAGAAAGCUGUGGACACCGCACUGAAAAAAGGCGAGCGGGAAGUCAAACUGGCCAAAGAAGAAACAACCAAUUUCAAAACUAAAGCAGAGGAUAUGGAACAAAAGUUUACUAGGGCCGAGAUGGAUAAAAAGGCAUUGAACGAAAGAAUCCAACGGCUGGAGGCAGACUGGCGCAAGGAACGUGAUCAGCUAAUAGGCCGUGCAACAGAUCUGGAAGUAGAAAUAAAGGCGGAGAAAAAGAAGAAAGACCGAGUGGAAAAGGAAUACGAAGGCGAAAUGCGGGACAAAGAUGACGAAGUAAUGGGAUUAAAGGAGCGCAUCAAACGGACCGAAAUAGAGCUAAAAGCAGCGCUCGAAAGAUACGAAGAACUCAAAAAUCAAGACACACGUUCUAGAGAACUGGAAUUGGAACUGGAAAAAGAGCAUCAAGAGUACGAAGAUUUAACAGCCAAGUAUGAUUUGCUAGAGGAAGAUUAUUUGGUAAUCAAAGCUAAACUUGUCAUGGAUAAGCAAAACAUCGAGAGGGAGUAUCUUUCUCUUAAAAAAGAACAUGAUACGGUAGAAGGUGAAUUGCGGACUCUCAGAGAAACGUUUAACUUGCGCCAGGAUACUUGGAUCAAAGAGAAGUUGGAUAUGCAAGAAAAAAUGAAAGAGUUGGAAGAAAAAGAAUUGCGACACUCUGGAGAAAAUUGGUACAUUGAGCGAAGUCGACUUAAAGAUAUUAUUGAAGAGAAAAAUCAGCAAUUGGAGAAGAUUAAACGUGAUGAAGAACUGCAUAGGGACCACAUAGAUAACAUCCGACGAGAGAACGACGAACUGCGAAGGAAACUUGAAGAUUUCGAUAAAGUAACCAAAAUCAAGAGAAGUAUGACCUAUGAUUCAUCAGAGCACGAACGUGAACUACGGGAACUCAAAAAUAGAUUGGCUCAAGAAGAGAAAGCCCAUCGUUCAGAGAUGACGCAUAUUAAAAUGCGUAAUGACAAUAAAAUCGCGUUGCUUCAAGAAGAAACCCAGGCGACUCAAAUGCAACUUGAAAAAGCCAGGCGUGAAAGAGAUACGUUUAGGGAAAUGCUGGAUGGUGCUCAACGCAUGAUAUCGGAACUUAAAUCUGAUCCGAGCAAAAAAGCGAAAUCUGGAGUAGAUGCCGCGCGUUCUCGUGAAAUGGAAGAUACCUUGACUCGUAUUGAAGAAUUCCAUGCCCAAAUUACAAGUCUUGAGGACGAACUGAAUGAAGCGCGAACCGAAACUUCACGCAUUAAAACCGAAUAUCUCAAUGAAAAAUCGGCCAAAGAAAUCAAAAUUUCUGAGCUGCAAACCAAGAUCAAUGAACUCGAGGAAGACAAAAUCAUGGCGAUGGGAAGAAGUCGCAUUACUGGUACCAGGACUCGCCUAGAAUUGGCUUGGCAAAAGGAGCGAGAAGAGCAACAGCGUUUAAUCCAAGAAUCAUCUACUUUGGCGCGUGACUUGCGACAAACGCUACUCGAGGUGGAGAAAGAACGAGAUCGUGAGCGACUCGAAUCUCGUCGACGGCUGGAACAACAGAAACGAGCAAAUGAAGAGGAACAGGUGGAAAUUCGCAAGAAGGUGACCGAACUGCAAAGUGACUUGUUGGAAUUGCGUGAUGCACACGCCAAACUGCGCACUUCGUGCGAGAAAUUGCGUCGUGAUAAAGAGAGGGUGGAAAAAGAAAGAGACGACGCGAAAAAAACGGUCGUUGACUCUCGUAAAGCCGAAAACGACACCGAGCGACGCGUGAGUCAACUUAUUGUAGAAGUCCAGAAAAUGAAGGACUUGUGUCCAUUGGCUAUGGGUGAAUCUCUUUCCGGAGAAGUGCCAUCGGGUGCUAAACGAGACAAAGACGUUCGUCAGGAGAAAAUUCGAGAGGAAUUCAUCACCACACUUAGAUUAAUUAAUCAAUGCACUGAAGAUGUUAAAAAGCUUCAACAACGAGACACUGAAGACAGUAGCAAGCGAACCACAACCACCUUUAGAAGAGCAAUGUCAACUGCUCCUGGUGAUAUGGGAUCGAAUCUCGCCUCAAAUAACUAUGGAGACAGCGUUACUCCUGCAACUCCAGUGACAAAACGGGCACCAGUUUACCGCCGUGCUUUGUCCUUGGAACAGAGUCAAAACAUUAAGGAAAUUGAGAAUGCAUCUUCUAGUUCAUAUACUUCCAAUAGCUACGCGGAUGAGGAAUCGUCAUACUCAUAUCGAAGCCGGACCGUAGAUCGUGAUAUAAGCCUGGAUAGACAAUCGACUGACUCAACGCGCAGCGAAUCCGCUGUUAUGGCUACUCCAGAAACAAAGAAGAAAAGAAGUCUAAUGGGCAAAAUUAAACAGCUCACCAAAUCCCGCAGCAUAGAAGAUACGGGCACUGCAAACCAACUUGUGAACGCUGGAAUUCAGGCACUCAUACCAAGUGUUUCCGUGGCUCCCAGUGGAUCAGAUCUAAGUUUAGAUAAGGAUCCUGAUCGUAAAAAGGAAAAGAAAACUGUUAAAGACAAACUUACGGGAAUGUUUAAAAAGGGUUCAUCUUCUCGUACCAGCAGUAUGGAGAGAUCAGAUUCCACUGAGAGCCGAGACCGGUAUACACCGUCAAAAGACUCGCUUAAUACCAGUGUUAGUGAUCGACCACUCCAGCGCCCCCCUAGUCUCAUCAAUUUAUCUGCACUUGGAUCAAGUAGAGGAACUACACCUCUUUCGUCUCGUACUACGCCAUCUCGAAGUGGCAUGCUUCGCAAUCAAAGCUCGGUCGAAACUGACGUGUGAGGAAAUCAUCAAUGAUUCGGCUUUUGAAAGCGACCAUUUUUCCACGUUGAAAAUUUAAGACGUGGAUAAGUCUUCUGAAAAUGUUAUCGUUGUAACUCAUCAACACAAUACAUUCAUUUAAACACCAA